AUGCCACACACGCUCGACCACACCCCCCAGGGCUCGCCCACACCUCAGCCCGACUCGGCUGCCCUCGCCCUCCCCGACGUCCAUGAGCUCGCCUGCUUCCGCACCUCGCCUCGCCCAUGCCCCAACCAACAGCUCGUCGAUCAGCUCAAGCCUCUUCGCGAGUGGCGCUUCCUCCAGCAUGGCACCGGCGAGCCCGAGGCCAUCAGCUACGCGACGGCCGUCAGUGUCAUCAUCGGCACACCCUUUGUCAUCACCUCGGCCGACCAGGCUCGUGCCCUGCCAAAGAUCGGCCCCAAGCUCGUCGUCAAGAUCCAGGAGUACAUCGACAAGGGAUUCAUCCAGGAAUCGCGCGACGUGGAGCAGCUCGAGCGCUUCAAGGUUCUACGACUGCUCACGACGGUUCACGGCGUCGGGCACGCGCUCGCCAACAAGCUGUACGACGACGGCACACGCACGCUCGACGACCUCCAGGCCAUGCUCAAGGACCGACACGAUAUCCUGCGCUACAUGCGGUUCCAUGCCGACCUGCAAGAGCCGGUUUCGCGCACCGAGGUCGAAAGUGUGCGAGACUUUGUUCGCCUUCAAGUCGACAAGGUGCUCCCGGGCGCACAUCUCGAGCUGUGUGGCGGGUACCGUCGCGGCAAGGCCACCUCGGGCGACAUCGACAUCCUUAUCACCUUUCCUCACCAAGACGGCCUCGAGCGUGGCUUCCUGCGCCGCCUCGUCGACCGUCUCGUCAAGAAGGGCCUCGUGCCGCGCGACGGCGGCGUCCUGAGCCUCACCGAGGCCGGCUCGAGCCGCACGACGUGGGCCAACCGGCGCGCGUCGCUCGGCGACACGCUCGACAAGGCGCUCGUCGUGUUCCGGCACCCGGCCAACGGGACGACGCGCACGAGGGACGUGUGGAGGAGGGUCGACCUCGUCGUCGCGGCGUGGCCGCACUGGGGCCCGGCCGUUCUCGGGUGGACCGGGUCGACGCAGUUUGAGCGUGACUUGCGCAGGCACGCGGGCAAGCUGUGCCGGCUACACGUUCACUCGGGCGGGAUCCGCGACAAGGAGACGAACGAGCACGUCGAGGCCAAGACCGAGCGGGACUGCUUCCGCCUCCUCAAGCUCGAGUGGAUCCCGCCGCACUUGCGCAACGCGGACCCAUGAUACGCCGAUUAGCCCUGUGCGCGCCGCAAGGACAGCGCCUUUCUCUCUCUCGAGCCUCCUCGCAGUCGCCCCUACCGCUCUCUCGCCUGUCGGGCCAUUGUAGAAUUUGCGCGACGAGCGCUUGUUGUUUGUAAUCAUGUCGUACUUGCGCC